AUGGAGACCGCCAGAGAGACGAACCCCAACUGGUCCACCAUUCAGGAGGUGACCGCUAAGCUGCGCCAGACUGAGAAACAGGCCGAGACGAUCAAGGACAAUCUUCGACAGCUCAACAGCGCGUGGGCUGCCAGACCACAACUACAUCACAUACACAGGCCACGUGAAGAGCAGCUUGACGUGGUUUCCAGUCAGGUUGAGCGGAAGGCACGUGACUUGUCCGACUGGCCGCUUCUCCUGAAGAAGGAAUCGGGCAUCAGAAGGUAUCUCUUGGCCUGCUUGGGUCCUUCUUGCCGGGGCUUGCGCUUGUGUGGAAAAGGCUUGGGAACAUCUGCAUCGCCUCUGUCUCGGGACGAAGCGGCCUUGCAGGACAAGCCGCCUCUUCGACGCUCUCAACUUGAAGCACUGGCGCCUACCGCACCUGCGGGUCUCAAGCAGACGGAAAACUCAUCGCUUGCAUCAACAAGCACUGGCAUUGUCAGCCCGCCGGAGCUUCCAGAAGAGCCAUGUUUGGAGAGGCACGCGGCCGUGGAUGACGCACAUGAAGUUCCGCAGCUGAUUCGGGUGCGUGCCGAUCGACAAGACGUGAGAGAAACCCCCAGGCAGCAAGACACACUGACAACGCUGCCUGAGCAUCUACCACGAGACCUCAUGCAGAAGUACAAGUUUAUCGACGCCCACAGCUUGGGUUCAGGUGCCGUCGCGAGAGUUUGCCGGAUGCAAGAGCUGGAAACGGGUCGGCAUGUGGCGGUGAAGGUUGUUGAGAAGUACCCCCUCCAGAUCCGCAACAUGAUCACGCAGAUGGAGCGUGAAAUACGGGUCCACAAGAGACUAUGCCAUCCCAACAUCCUGCACCUCCAUGCCUGCUUCGAGGACAGCACACAUUGGUACAUGGUGCUGGAGCUCGCAAGUCGUUUGGUGAACCUUCUGGUUCGACACCCCUGGAAGCGGCUUCGAGAACCUCAGGCGGGAUGGCUCUUCGGCCAGGUUGUCGAUGGCGUGUCGCACCUUCACCAGAACGGCUGCGUCCACAGAGAUUUGAAGCCCGACAAUGUCCUCAUGGUCGAAGACUGCCCGAAGAUUUGUGACUUCGGAUGGUGCGCAGAGCUCAACGAAGGCCAGCGAAGGACGUUUUGCGGCACCUUCGACUACAUGGCUCCGGAGGUCAUUUUUGGCGAGGGCCACGGAUCCGAAGCGGAUGUUUGGAGUCUGGGCAUUACCCUCUAUGAGGUGUGCCACCUCGUGAACUGCAUGCUUCAAAGAUAUCCACGCCAACGCUACACCGCCAGCAAGGUCCUCGAGCACAAAUGGUUGGCGACAUUUUUCCUGAAGCCGAAGCAGGCCUGGCCGUGGUCUUGUGCCCCAAGUGCAUCCAAACAGUCAAGGUUUGAGGCAGUUCAGAUCAGUUCAGGCUGGCGCACGGCCGCCAAGCCUCGAGCCGACACCGGAGCUGCCCUCGCCAGGGUCUCUGCCACUUUAGCCGCAGCGCGCAUCCUUGAUGGGAGGGCUGGAAAGGGCAUACGUCGAGAGGGGGGACGCAUGAAGUUUCGUGAACAUGGGCUUGUAGUGCGUCGUCAGAUCCGUGCACGACAAUAUCUCAUUGGCCCGCUUGCCUUCAACCUCAUUCCACUCAACAGCCAACUUCCGGUGGCCAUGGAAACGCUCAAGCAGGGUCGCAUGCAUUUGACCUCCUUGGCGGAGUCUUGCAGCCGAGGCCAGUGUCAGCUGCUGUGCCUCCGCACGCAGGCCUACCCAAGAGCUUAUCUCGACCUGAGCUGGGGAUCCACCCUGGCGCACUAUGAGAUUCGGGCAGCUCGGCUCACCUAUGCGAGCAAGCCACGUAAGUCCGGGACGACAGCCGUCACCAAUCGUCCAACCCUUGGAUGGAGUGUUGCAGUGGAGUGGAACGAUGAAGAGGGCACUGCCCUGAACCGCAAUGCCCACUUCGCUCAGCGAAGCGGCCGCUGCCCUUGGACUGCCAUGCAUGCGGAAGCCGAGUCUGCCAGCGUUGCCAUGCAAGGCGGUGCUGUGAGCAGUGGAAGAGCCCCGUAUCCUGCACACGGCGCCGGGAUUACCAUCGCAGCAGGGCCUUUUCCCAUGCCAGCUCCGGGUUCGCCGAUCAUUGCCGGCCGGCCGGUGCGCAAGGUGGCGGCGCCGCACGCGGCAGCUCCGCGUUCACCGCGCCACGUGGCCAACGCCCCACAGGUUGGACCCAUGGCUCCAAGGGCAGGUCCGGCUGCUCCCUUAGGUCCAUGUGUGAGGGAUUCGACUCCCGCAGCCGGUCGGCCGCUGAAUGGCCAGGCCGUUCCAGCUCAUCCAGCUCAUGCGGCACCCACCGUUGCCAGAGGAGGUGCUGUGGUGCCGAAGGGCAGCAUGGUGGUGCACCUUCCUGCUGGGCUCCCUGUCCGUCCCCUUCAGUUUCUGGGGUCUCACGAUGGAAAGGGACAGAAGAUGGGUAUGCCGUUGGCGCCGGUGCUGGAGCAGGCACAUCAGGCGCAGCCGAGCCCACGGACGGCUCUCGGCCCUGUCAAAUACUGA